AAAUACCUCCAGUGCCCGAGUUUCAGCCCGAUGCUGAACUAGGAGCGAGUCUUGCUUCAAAAUGGCGGACAUGGCUUGCAGAUUUUGAAAUGUUUUUAACUGCCAGUGGAAUUACCAAUGCAACAAGGAAACGUGCUUUAUUACUUUACCUGGCAGGCAGUCGUGUUCGGGAAAUUUUUCAACAUUUACAAGAUGUAGGGAAUGCUGAUGAUUACGAUACAGCGAAGACGAAGCUUACCACCCACUUCGAGCCUCAAAAGAAUCACCGUUAUGAGGUUUAUCGGUUUCGUGAGACCAAGCAAGAGCAAGGGGAAACAUUAGAUCAAUAUCAUACACGUUUACGAGCCCUUUCUACUGCAUGUGAAUUUCAAGAUUUAGAAUUCGAAAUCGAACAGCAAAUUGUUGUUGGUGGUAUUUCCUCGCGAAUUCGUCGAAGGGCACUACGUGACCCUACCUACGAUCUGAAACAAAUGUUACUGGAUGGAAGACGUGAAGAAAUGAGUUCCUUUCAAACUCGAGAGAUUGAAUAUAAUGAGAAUACUGCUGCUGUUGUACAUCCUUUUAAAUCUGUCAACAAAGAAGGCAAGAAAUGCUAUACUUGCGGAGGGGACUACCCUCACAAAGGGGAAUGCCCUGCAAAAGGAAAGCAAUGCGGAAGCUGUGGUAAACAAGGUCAUUUUGCGGUCGUUUGUAAAAGUAAAGGAGACAAAAUAGAUCGCAGAAACAAAGGAAGCAGAUCACAUCGAAAGCACAAACCAAGAAUUCGCCCACUCAAACAUACUGAGUAUUCUUCUAGUUCUGAGGAUGAAUAUAUGUACGCAAUGUCUUCAGCCAGUCCACGCACACCACAAGUAUGGAUUACUGUUGCAGGUCACAAAUUCAAAGCUCUUGUGGACAGUGGUGCUACAAUAAAUGUGAUUGAUGCUGACACUUUUGCAAAUCUAAAAAAUGUUAAGCUCCUGCGCACAAGCACGAAGGCAUAUCCUUAUCAGAGUAAAAUACCAGUUGAGUUUCUUGGAAAAUUCGAAAGCAUUAUUGAAACCAAGAAGAAAUACACUGUGGGAACAGUCUAUGUGGUAAAAGGGAAGGACAGCGGAUGUUUACUCUCACUUCAGACUGCACAGGAAUUAGGCCUUAUCAAGCUUCAAUUAAAUGCAGUACAAAGCCAAAAUCUCCAGGACGACAGUCUAGCCAAAAUUCUACAACAGUAUUCUUCUGUGUUUCAAGGCCUUGGUAAAUUAAAGAAUCACCAGGUUAAAUUGAACAUUGACUCAAGUGUACCUCCAGUUGCUCAGCCACAACGUAGAAUUCCUUUCCACAUUAGGAAAAAGGUCAAGGUAGCCAUAAAAGAGCUUGAAAGUCAAGGAAUUAUUGAAAAGGUGCCUGAUUCUCAACCAACGCCAUGGGUAUCAGCAAUAGUUGCAGUACCCAAGAAAGAUGGCAAUGUCAGAAUAUGUGUAGACAUGCGCGCAGCAAACACUGCAAUCAAACGUGUACGUCACUUGAUUCCAACAGUAGCUGAUAUCAGUUUAGAGUUGAAUGGUGCUAGAUUCUUUUCAAAGCUUGAUUUGUCCCAGGCUUAUCAUCAAUUAGAGUUGCACCCAGACAGUCGUUUCAUUACUACUUUUAGCACUCAUCUCGGACUAUAUCGUUAUACCCGCUUGAACUUCGGAACUAAUGCAAGCGCUGAACUAUUUCAACAUACGUUACAGCAACACUUGCAAGGAAUGGCUGGUGUUCAGAAUAUAGCCGAUGACAUCCUAGUCUUUGGAAGUACACGUCAAGAGCAUGAUCAGGCUCUUGAAAAUUGCCUUAAACGCCUUAAAGAGAAAGGUCUUACCUUGAACAAGUCGAAAUGCAGUUUUCUGAAUACUGAGUUAGAGUUCUUUGGACAGAUUUUCUCAGAGCAAGGUACACGACCUGACCCUCGCAGAACACAGGAUGUUAUUGAUGCUGCUAUACCACAAAAUGUAUCAGAACUGCGCAGUUUCUUAGGCAUGGUGACAUUCAGUUCCAAAUAUGUCGCCAACUUUGCCACCAUUGCUACCCCUCUCCGUGAAUUGACAAAAACAGGUGUCACAUUUACAUGGGAACAAAAGCACCAAACCGCAUUCGACAAGCUGAAAGUAGCUAUUACUAAACCACCAGUUAUGGCAUAUUUUGAUGCUAAGAAGGACACUGUGUUAACAGUUGAUGCCAGUCCAGUGGGUUUGUCGGGAAUACUAUCUCAAAGAUCCGCAUGUGAUGCAGAAGGUAAAGUUGUUGCAUAUGCUAGCCGAGCGUUAUCAGCCGUAGAACAUCGGUACUCUCAAACGGAGAAGGAGGCUCUUAGCAUUGUUUGGGCCAUAGAACAUUUCCAUUUAUAUCUUUAUGGUCAUUCAUUUACACUGGAAACGGAUCAUAAGCCUUUAGAAAUGAUAUAUGGGAGGGCAAACUCAAAACCAUGUGCUAGAAUUGAGCGAUGGGUUCUUCGCCUACAGCCGUACAAUUUCCAAGUCAAGUAUAAACCAGGACCAACUAAUCAGGCUGAUUUUCUAUCACGACACCCUUCUAUGUCUAACACUGGAAAACAAAGCAAGAUUGCUGAUGAAUAUGUACAUUUUAUAGUACAAAACGCUGUUCCGAAGUCAAUGACUCUUUCUGAAGUUCGCGAAGAGACAGAUAAAGACAGAGUUUUAAAAGCACUUCGAGCUGCAAUUCGUCUCAAUCGUUGGGAUGCUGAUACUGUUAAACCUUUUCGACCUGUCAAAGAUGAACUAUCUAUUGAUUCGUCAAAUAUAAUACUACGUGGUGCCAGGAUAGUUAUACCUGAAUCUUUGCACAAGAAAGCAGUUGACUUAGCCCAUGUAAGUCACCAGGGAUUAGAGAAAACCAAAGCACUUCUACGUGAAAAGAUCUGGUUCCCUGGCAUUGAUGUACUUGUCAAGGAGACUAUCACAAAAUGUGUGCCUUGUCAAGCGGUCGGGAGAAGUAGUCCUCCUGAACCACUCCACAUGACGGAAAUGCCAAGUGCACCUUGGCAAAAGAUUAACAUUGAUUUUCUUGGUCCACUUCCAUCUGGCGAGCUACUUCUGGUUGUCAUAGACAGAUAUAGCCGCUAUCCAGAGGUGGAAAUUGUUCGCUCGACCAAAAGUUCUGUAGUGAUUCCCAAGUUGGAUAAGAUUUUUGCCGUCCAUGGUAUACCGUUUGAAUUAACGUCUGAUAAUGGACCACCUUUCAAUGGAGAUGAGUUCUCUCGUUAUUUGAAAUUGUUGGGUGUAAAGUUUACUCGCUCUACUCCAAAAUGGCCACAAGGUAACGCGGAAGUCGAACGCUUCAUGCAACCAUUAGCUAAAGCGCUAACGACAGCAGUUGUAGAAGGAAAGAAAUGGCAACAAGAGCUAUGCAGGUUUCUAUUGCAAUAUAGAACAACGCCACAUAGUACGACCAAGGUACCACCGUCCGAAUUAUUGUUUAACAGAACAGUUCGUGGAGCAUUACCAACAUUAAAACCUCGCACUAUUGUUAAUCGGCAUAAAGAAGCUAAAGAUAAUGAGCAGAAGCGUUGUAUCUACAAUAAGACCUAUGCAGAUUUACAUCGCAAUGCCAAAGAAAGUUCGAUCAAGGUUGGAGAUACUGUUCUUGUACAACAAGAGAAGAAGCAGAAACUAAUGCCCAAAUUCAAUACUACUCCAUACAAAGUGAUUGCUCGUAAAGGCACGACAGUUGUUGCAGAAAACAAAGAACGACAUCGUAUUACACGAGAUGUUUCGCACUUUAAGCAGAUUCCGGACAUUAAUGAAAUGGAUUAUAGUAGCGAAGAGGAGCGUAAUAAUGAACCUGAACCAGCAUGUGAAUAUAGGAGAUCAAAUAGAACAAGAAGAGCACCAGUGCGAUAUGGACAUGGACUUUCUUAUUAAUAGUUGGUAACAUUUACGUUUCUAUAUCUUCAUAUUCCUAUUGUUCUGUUGUGUUGUUUUGUUUUAAAAAAAAAGGGGGUGAUGUAGUAAUGACGUAUGUUAUGUAUUGGACACAGGGGUAAAAAGGGAUUAACUAGAAUAAGCAAGCAUGCGAGCACGUUAGAUACACAUUAGAAUUACAGAUCCUGUUGUUAUUCGAAGAGAGUAUUUCUUUCCAUAUUACUACAACUCACAGAGUUUAUAUUGACUUACCAGCAAAUCUCUUCAAUGCGAAGACAAGACGUAGAUUCUGCCUGAUUUAGAAAUGCGUAUCACUGGCCCGGCGUCGUCAACUUGGUCUGAGAUACUGAGCACUGGAGCUUCAUAAACAAAACUUUAUAUUUGGUUGCCAUGCCAGAAAUCAAUCCAAGCAACAAGCCAAUAAAACAGUCAAGUUUUUCAAGGUAUAUUCAAUCAAUUCAUCUGUGGAGAUUGAAUACUGAUAUUAAGGAGACUCUUUGAUCAUAACCUCCAAACCACAUAUCAAUCUGCUAUUUGCAAAUUAAUUGAUGUUGCAAUCAUGUGGGUGAUACCAUAAAAGGGCACGACAGAUUUGUUGUUUUGUUUCUAGUGUGGUGACAAUGUCCUUUCAUGGUGUGAGCUAUUUACUAUUGAUAUUGAUUAUGACAGUGACAGUUGGUUAAGACUUUUCAUAGCUAGCGUAGAUAAAAUGUGCAAGGUGUUGUGAUUUAAUUAUGCUCACUCGUGAAUAUAUUUCUGAUAUCUUGACUGAAGAUGCAUGAUGAGAGUUUUUUUUUUGCUUUAUUAUAAAAAUAGUUCAGUCAUUCAUAAUAGCAUCUACGUGGUCGGUAGGUCGCUAACAAUACUUUUCCACCAAGCCCUAUCAUUUGACCAUCUUUUCACCAUACCAAAAUUCCAGAUGUUCGCCUACCCCUUUACAUUAUCUAUCCGAUCCGUAUCCUUCUGUGUCUUCCACGAGAUCUCAUACUUGGAAGAAACCUCUCCAUGAUGUUAGAAGAUACUGUGUCACUUGAUCUUCGUGCAACAGGCCCAAAAAGCGCAGCAUUCCCUUUUGCAAUGGUGCCGUUCAGUUUAGAGGUUGUUUUGAAUUUUCUGUGCACUUUCUCAUCUCCCCAUAUGCCUUUCAACAUUCUCCGGUAACACCAUAGCGCAAAUGUCUGUAUUUUGUCUUUUAUCACU